CAGAGAGCUGGCUAGAGCGCGGAGCCUGAGUGAGGGAGCCUAGCUGCCUGCGCGCCUGCCGCCGCCGCCACCGCCUCUCCUCCGUAAGCAGGAGCCCCGGCCGGGGCCCGGCGCGCUGCCUCAGCCCCUCCCUCGUCGUCAGGCCGCGAGGGCAGCGAGAGCGAGCAAGGGGGAGGGAGAGCCAGCGCCGGGAGGAGGCGGCCGGACUGAGCGAGCGCCCGCGCGUGUGGCGUGAGGGGAAGCCGCCUGCCCGUCCCCUUCGCCUUCCCUUCUCUCCCCCUCCCCGCUCCCCCCCCACCGCGGAGCAGCACCAUGUCGGCGCCGGCGGCCAAAGUCAGUAAAAAGGAGCUCAACUCCAACCACGACGGGGCCGACGAGACCUCAGAAAAAGAACAGCAGGAAGCAAUUGAACAUAUUGAUGAAGUACAAAAUGAAAUAGACAGACUUAAUGAACAAGCCAGUGAGGAGAUUUUGAAAGUAGAACAGAAAUAUAACAAACUCCGCCAACCGUUCUUUCAGAAGAGAUCAGAGUUGAUCGCCAAAAUCCCAAAUUUUUGGGUAACAACAUUUGUCAACCAUCCACAAGUGUCUGCAUUGCUUGGGGAGGAAGAUGAAGAGGCACUGCAUUAUUUGACCAGAGUUGAAGUGACGGAAUUUGAAGAUAUUAAAUCAGGUUACAGAAUAGAUUUUUAUUUUGAUGAAAAUCCUUACUUCGAAAAUAAAAUUCUCUCCAAAGAGUUUCAUUUGAAUGAGAGUGGUGAUCCAUCCUCAAAAUCAACUGAAAUUAAAUGGAAAUCUGGAAAGGACUUGACGAAACGUUCAAGUCAAACGCAGAAUAAAGCCAGCAGGAAGAGACAGCAUGAAGAACCAGAGAGCUUCUUUACUUGGUUCACUGAUCAUUCUGAUGCUGGUGCAGAUGAAUUAGGAGAGGUCAUAAAAGAUGAUAUUUGGCCAAAUCCAUUACAGUACUAUUUGGUUCCAGAUAUGGAUGAUGAAGAAGGAGAAGGAGAAGAAGAUGAUGACGACGAUGAAGAAGAAGAAGGUUUGGAAGAUAUUGAUGAAGAAGGGGAUGAAGAUGAAGGGGAAGAAGAUGAAGAUGAUGAUGAGGGAGAAGAAGGAGAGGAAGACGAAGGAGAAGAUGACUAAGAACACUGAUGGAUUCCAACCUUUUUUAAUUUUCUUCAGUCCCUGGGAGCAAGUUGCAGUCUUUUGUUGUUUUGUUUAUUUUUUCCUCCCCUCUCUUCUUGUGCUCAGUCACCCCGUUCUUGAGGUCUCUUUUCUCUCCUUUACACCAUGGUUCUCAACUUUA